AUGUGUGCGUGUGCGCGCCCAUCUCCCCCCCGCCUCGCAAAAGUUUGCCUGGGCGGCCGGGGGGCUCCCGGGCCGCCGCCCCCGCAGCCGGGGGGCGCGGCGGAGGCGCGGCGGAGCGGCGGCGGCGGCGGCGGCGCGGGACUUGCGCGCGGCGCGGGAGUUGCGCUCCGCGCCAUGCCGGCGGCGCGGGGAGCUGCGCGGCGCUGCGCCCUGGCGGGGCCGCCGCUGCCGGUGCCGCCGCCGCCGCUCCUGCUGCUGCUGCUGCUGCUGGUGGUGCUGCCGGUGCUGCCGGCCGCGGGGACCGAGGGCAAGGCGCGGAGCUGCGGCGAGGUGCGGCAGGCGUACAGCGCCAAGGGCUUCAGCCUGGCCAGCGUGCCCUACCAGGAGAUCGCAGGGGAACAUUUGAGAAUCUGCCCUCAGGAAUAUACAUGCUGCACCUCAGAAAUGGAGGACAAGUUAAGCCAACAGAGCAAACUGGAGUUUGAAAACUUAGUGGAGGAGACAAGUCACUUUGUACGCACGACUUUCGUAUCCCGGCACAAGAAGUUUGAUGAGUUUUUCCGAGAACUCCUGGAGAACGCGGAGCGAUCCUUGAACGACAUGUUUGUCCGGACGUACGGCAUGCUGUACAUGCAGAACUCGGAGGUGUUCCAGGACCUCUUCGCCGAGCUGAAGCGGUAUUACACGGGAGGCAACGUCAACCUGGAGGAGAUGCUCAACGACUUCUGGGCUCGGCUGCUGGAGCGGAUGUUCCAGCUCAUAAACCCCCAGUACCAUUUCAGUGAGGACUACCUGGAGUGUGUGAGCAAGUACACGGACCAGCUGAAGCCCUUUGGAGACGUGCCCAGGAAGCUGAAGGUUCAAGUGACUCGAGCGUUCAUUGCUGCCCGCACCUUUGUUCAGGGGCUGACAGUAGGAAGAGAGGUUGCAAACAGAGUAUCCAAGGUCAGUCCCACCCCAGGGUGCAUCCGGGCGUUAAUGAAGAUGUUGUACUGCCCUUACUGCAGAGGACUUCCCACUGUGAAACCUUGCAACAACUAUUGCCUCAAUGUAAUGAAGGGCUGCCUAGCAAAUCAGGCUGAUUUGGAUACUGAGUGGAAUCUGUUCAUAGAUGCUAUGCUUCUGGUAGCGGAGAGAUUAGAGGGACCAUUCAACAUUGAAUCAGUCAUGGAUCCUAUUGAUGUCAAGAUUUCUGAAGCCAUCAUGAACAUGCAAGAGAACAGCAUGCAGGUGUCAGCAAAGGUUUUCCAAGGAUGUGGCCAACCAAAACCAGCACCUGCCCUGAGAUCUUCCCGUUCUGUCCCUGAAAACUUCAAUACCCGAUUUAGACCAUAUAUCCCAGAGGAGAGACCUACAACUGCUGCUGGCACAAGCUUGGAUAGGCUGAGGACUAUCUGGAGGACAAUGCAACAUGGUGUAACAGACAUUAAAGAAAAGCUAAAGCUCUCUAAAAAGUUCUGGUCAGCCCUGCCCUACACAAUCUGCAAGGAUGAGCGGGUGACAGCGGGUCCGUCCGUCGAGGAGGACUGCUGGAAUGGCCACAGCAAGGCGAGAUACUUGCCUGAGAUUAUGAACGAUGGCUUGACCAACCAGAUCAACAACCCAGAAGUAGAUGUGGACAUCACAAGGCCAGACACCUUCAUUCGACAGCAAAUCAUGGCCUUGCGUGUCAUGACUAACAAACUGAAGAACGCGUACAAUGGGAAUGAUGUCAACUUCCAGGACACGAGUGACGAAAGCAGCGGCUCAGGCAGCGGGAGCGGCUGCACAGAUGACAUCUGCCCCACCGAGUUUGACUUUGUCACCACCGAAGCGCCGCCUGUCGACUCGGACAGGAGGGAGGUGGAGGCUUCAGCCACACAGCCUGGCUGCUCACUGCAGACAUUGCUCCUCAUCUUCCUCAGCCUCCUACUGCAGAGACAGUGGAGAUAAUCCUGGAUCUAGUCAGAGAAACUGUGUUUUAGCUACAGAAACAGCCUACUUUCUUCUUUUCUUAUACUCUUGGACAAUGGACCAUGCCACAAACACUUGCAGUUUUCUACAAGAUGGCAGUUAUUGCAACCUGCUUCCCAUUUUAGUUUUCCCAAAGAGUACCAGGUGCCAGACUGAACUGCUUCCUGCUUUUUUCAGAUAUCUCUGAAGACAAUAUCCACUCUUGAGAGAAUUCUUUCUCAAUUCUUUAUUACAGGAGACUUUCUGAGCUUCAUUUCCUUUUAUGCUGCAAAAGGGAAAAAAGAUCUUACAGUAUGUGUUUUUCCCCAGUGAGAAAAAAGACGGGGGAAGAAACCAAGAAAGUUUUCUUUCUGAAUCAAGCCUGACUCAAGGCUGCUGCAUUUCAACAGAAUAUCAACAAAACAAAAAAAAAAAAAAAAAAGACAAGAAAGGAACAAAAAAAAAUGCAACCGUUCUUCACUGACAGCCAGGUUUCCUAGAGGAACUUCUGUAGGGUGAUUCAGGUCAUCAGAAUGAUCACUGUUAUAGGGAGGAAGGCUGGAUUUUUUUUUUCCCCAACACUAAAAAAGUAUGUCUCAGCAGUGAAUGUCUUGCACUCCAUCUUCCAACCACAUCAGAUUGGUAUGAAGGUAGAGAAGCUGAAAAAUAAGUUUAUCUUUUAGUAUGGUAGUAGCUCCACUAGCUUCAGAAUGUCAUGUUACAGUUGCUUAGGAUUUGAAUCUUAAUGCCCAGUAAAAAUAGGAGUAGUAGCACGAUUUCACCUAGUUUCUUUUAGGAUUUAUCCAUGUUAUAGAAUUGUCACAGUUUUCCACUUAGCUCACUCCUGUGAGCUCACCAGCCAUGAUGGUAAUGUUAAACAACUCUCUUGACCCCUCACGGGUUCAGACAGAAAAUAAUCUCUUGUGAUGUAAUCUUUUUCCUUUUGUUGCUGUUCUGACAUCGAUUAGAACUUUUUGCUACUAUGUCCAUUACCCUACCAAGACAGCAAUUCUCUAACAGACUAACAGCAACCGGAUCAAUAGCGUGUUUCACACCUAACUACAUCCUUCAUAUCAGUUAAUUUCAGUGUCACAAGAAUUUCUUCUACAAAAUUUCAGAUCAAGCAAGUAUAUAGUACUAACAUGGAGAUUUCUUUCACUUUUUUAGUCUUAGUAUGAUCAUCUAUUUUUAUAUAUAUAAAUAUAUAUAAAUCACAGAUUUUAACUUCUUAAUUACGAGCUCAGGGUUGACACUUCUUUAUAAGGAAAAAAAAUGUUGGUCAACCAACUUUUCUUUUUUUGCUGCUCUGAAAAGUAACCCUUUAAUGACUGGUGAGCAUGAAAAUCAAAGAAGAGAAUUUUUUACAUAUCCAGUUGUCCAUUUCCUAACAAGUUUGCAGGUUGGUGAAGAAAACCUCUCUCAUAUGUGUGUAUUUGGUGGAGAGGGCAGGGGGGAGCAUGUGAGUUUGUAUGAUAAGGCUAGAGAAGGACAUGGAUGUUAAUUGUGAUGGUAAUUGUACUUCAGAUUCUUCAAGGAUACAUUGCUUUAAUAAUCAUUGUCUAAAUGGUUAUGGUCUGGGAUAGAGUUUGCCUAAUUUGCAUCUGGUCAUAAAACCCAAGAUGGAAGCUGUUUAAAUCCCGGACAAAUGUGUGUCAACAAUUAGACAUCAAAAUCUUCCUUGUUUUAUCAACCGCAGACAAAGGAUUUUUGGGGCAAUUCUGCAUGGUGUUGAAAUGAUGGUGUUUGCCAUAAAUUUAUUUCCUGAUUCUUACGUUGACUUUGGAAGUGGUGUACACAAAUUGUGGUAACACUGUAAAGCCAGCCAACCACAUUCCAAUUUAGCAGCAGAGCAGGUAGAUCAUAUCCAUUGCAAUUGCUUUUUCUUGUCAAAUUAUAAUUAGCUAUCGAUUUAGGCAUGAAAUUAAAAUAGAAAACACACAGCACGUUAGAAUAAAGUAUACUUAAGCACUUUUACCAAAAAAAGUAUUUACAAUCUAUUUAUAUAGUAUGUCUAAUAGCAAAAAGCAUAAGUUUUGAGCCACUUGUAUUCAAUUCCUUUUUUUCCCCAUUUAUUUACUUUGAAACAUAAUGAUAGAUAGCAUCAUAGAAUCAUGGAAUCAUGGAAUGGUCUGAGUUGGAAGGGACCUUAAAGAUCAUCUAGUUCCAUCCCCCCUGCCAUGGCAGGGAUGCCAUUCACCAGAUAAAGUUGCUCAGGGCCCCAUCCAGCCUGGCCCUGACAGGUGGUCUGUGGGCCCAGAUUAGUAUGUCACUGUCUAAGGGUGCAGAUCACACAGGUCUUACAUGGCCAUAGCAAUGCUUCCCACUUCUCCAAAUGUUCCCCUGGAGCAGGUCUUCUGAUAGAGCAUUUACUGUGUCCAGGAAGUUUAAGCCAAUUCUCAUAGGCUUUUUCUUUUGCCCUGGUACAGCUGGUAUCAAGCAGAAGGUAUUUGCUUUUAAUUUUUUUCCUGAACUUGCACAUGCAGUUUUCUACAAGGAGAACCCUUUAAACAUCUCCCCUGAUCUAUCUCUUUCUACCUAUCUCCACAUCCUCUCUACAUCCUCAGCAACUUUGUUUCAGGAGAAGUUAAGUUUGAUUUUGAUUUUCUGGUUGUGUGUUUAUUCAGUGGUAACUGAUUCUAUAUCCAUCUGAUUAUUCUGGAUCUGAAAGCUUAUUGAUAGGCAAAAGUGCCCAAGCCAUCUGAUGCAAGUCCUCUGCUGUACUUGCUCCGCUCUGCUAGUGAAGGAGCUGAUGGACUCAUCAGGUUUUUGUGUUGGCCUUGGCACACGUGUAGGUGAUCUGCUGGUGCAGCCAAGGUGUGUGUCCAGGGUGCUCUCAUCUAUUUGCAGACUUCUGUGGAUUUUGGACAAGGAGUAAGUUGAAUGCUUUUGGACAAGCAGUAAGAAAGCACUCCCUUCAGGGCUUCACUGAAGGUGCUCAUCACUGGAGGAGCUUGCCCUGCUCCUAUUGAACUGGAUGUUAUAAACUGCCACUCAAACAACACACUAGCCUAAUCUUUGCCAAAAUGUGAUUCUUGCCAGAGUUCUGCCAGAAAUUUUUGUCUUCCGUAUUAUUUCUCCUCUUAUUUUGCUACUAUGCAUGAUGACAUUUUGUCAGGAGAUGGAGAUGCCUUUGCGUUAAGUUACAGUGUAUACAUUUCUUUAAUAGUCCCUAAAGGUUGAAUACACUCUUCAUACAUUGCAUUUUUCUGAGAUUAAGAGAGCUAUUAAAUCUCCAGAGAAAAUUAAAUUGGGAAUGAAGGAGAGAAAAGAAAAAGCAUUCAUGUUCACAACUGUGAGAAUCUACAUAAUUUCCAAUUAUUCUGUUUGGACAUCCUUUGCAUCCAAUAGCUCUUCUUCUGAGGUAAUUUUUUGGUGUGCCACAAUUUAAAUAUUUCUCUUCUGUUAGCAGCAGAUAAAAUAAGAAAUUAUAAAGAAGACAAUUACAUAUUCAAGAAAAAGGAACUAAGUCCUAAGGAAAUGUCCUUUGAUUGUGUAAGCCCUCUAUGCUGCACAGUCCAGAAGUUCUUCAUAUGUAAUGUUCUUUUAAAGUGGAGGCUAAUAAAAAAUUAAAUGCAAUUAAUUACAUAACCAUUGCUGUAGACCCCUAUGAGGUUUUAUCUUUUCAAUAUUAACUGAAUUGUUUUUGCAUCAUACCCAAAUUUUUCAUGUUCAUUGUACUGCAGAUUUUUCUAUUGAUGACUCAGUACAUAGUACUGUAAAUGCAGUGCAGACUACCUGGACUCUGGCCAAAUUUAGGCAUUUCAAAAAAAGACAGUCAGAAAAAAUUGAAAAAAGAGAAUAGAGAUUUCCUGCAAAAGAGGAAGAGGAAAGGAAACUGUGCCUCGGUGUUCUGGUAAAGGUUGAUCUAUCCCAGUUCCCUUAGAGGCAUCAUAGACCUCUGUCCAUGGAAAGCUCUGAAAAUCUGAGUCUCAGAUGCACAAAUCAUCCCAGUUCUGUGGAACUUUUAGUAAGAAUGAUCCCCACAGAUGUGUGAACCAGUUUGAGCUGCUUCCAUGCAAAAUGGCUUUACAGUGCAUGUGACUGCGUGCUGGCACAGAUUGCUCAGAGAGGCUGUGGAGUCUCCCUCAAGGGAGAUAUUCAGGAACCAUCUGGACACAAUCCUGUGCCAUGUGCUCUAGGGUGACCCUGCUUGAGAAGGGAGGUUGGACCAGAUGACCCCCUGUGGUCUCUUCCAACCUGACCCAUUCUGAGAUUCUGUGAUUCUAUGAGCUGGAGCUGUUCUUGGGAGGUGGACUCUGUGCAGUGUCUCAGCAGGCAGCAGUUGCCUUCAGUUUACUAACUGAUUCUGAAUCAUUAUCAAAUGUAACUAUACUUAUUCACUGAAACUUUUAUUAUUUCAACAUAAAAAUAAAUUACAGCACUGA